UUUACUCUUUCUUAUUCUUAGAGGUUAUCUAUGUGCAAAGUAAGAUUUAUCAAGUUUCUAUGUUAAACUGAUUAUUUUUGAAUAAAAACUCUAGCAUUUUACCAGAAUAAUGCUAAAGGGUCUAGUGAGUUUAGUGACCGGCGGAGCUUCAGGUCUGGGUAAAGCAACGGUAGAAAGGCUAGUACAGAAUGGAGGGAAGGUUGUUAUACUAGAUAUACAAGGGACAAGGGCACAAGAAGUAGCGAAAACACUUGGUGAAGAUGUACAUGUUUCUGUAGGCUGUGUGACAUCAGAAGAAGACGUGAAAAAAGCAUUAGAUCUAGCUAAGACAAAGUUUGGGAGGUUAGACACACUGGUCAACUGUGCAGGAUACGCACAGACAAGUCAAGUGUAUAACUUUAAUAAGGACAAGGAAUCUGGAUUAGACACAUUCGUUAAAUGUGUAAAUGUAAACACAAUAGGCACAUUCAAUACAAUUCGGCUAGCAGCAGGACUGAUAGGCAAAAACCAACCCACACAAGAUGGACAAAGAGGUGUUAUUAUCAACACCGCAUCAACAAUCGCCUACGAAGGGGAUAUAGGACAAGCAGGGUAUGCUGCAUCCACUGCAGCUGUCAUCGGCAUGACACUACCGAUUGCUAGGGAUCUGUCUUCACAGGGCAUCAGAGUUAUGACAAUAGCACCAGGUGUAUUCAACACUCCACUAGUAACAUACCUACCAGAGAAGAUGUUAGAGUUCAUAAAGCGCAUGACCCCUUUCCCCUCCAGACUGGGCAAGCCAGAGGAAUUCGCGCAUUUAGUCACCAGUAUAAUAGAGAACCCUAUGCUUAAUGGAGAAGUUAUACGAAUAGACGGUGCUCAGAGGUGGUUUCCGUUGUAAAAACAGUAUAUACUCCCUUCGGCGCUGUUCCCAUUAGAUUUCAACAUGGGGUUAUUCAAGGGGCGGACCUACAAAUUCCUGAAAGACAACACAUCAGCGGUCCCUCUGGUGCAAAUGUUCAUGGGCGGUGGUAGUCACAUAACAUUAGGUGGCCCUGCCUGCUCGUUUGCUCGCUAUUUUAAUAUAAAAAAUAAUAAUUAGCUGAUGCUCGCAACUUCAACGCAUGAAUUCAGGCGCUUGUCCGAUCGCAGACGAUUAGUGAGAAACGAGUUGAGCUAAAAAUUAUAAACGAGUUGUAGUUGGGAUAGUUUUGUAGCUGGGCUAUGAGCGAGUGUGCGAGUGCGAUGACCGAUUACUCCGCCGAGACAUUUUAACCACCAAGAGAGCGCGCUGAGCGAGAAUUUUCCUUUGAUAGCUCUUGUCGCUGAAAAAACCGAAUGAAAAAGAAUGAAUGUACCUAAAAUGUGGAAAAAAUUUAAAUAUAUUAAUAAUAAAAACAUAGCUUUAUUUUAGGAUCUAUAAGACUAAAUAAAUAUAUUAUAAAUUAGUUUAGAA